AUGAAGAAAACUGGAAUAAUUAAAACAGAUAAGGUUAUUAAAAUGACUGGUAUUAUGCCUAAAAAACUAAAGACAAACAAAAACAAUGUCGAUGAUAAUAAUUAUCAUAAUAAGACAUGGCAACUGUUGUCUGAUGACCUAUUCUGUGUUGUCAUUCGUGAUCAUGCUGAUAAAUUGUGUAUUUACAGUAGCUCGGGUUUUGUAGUGGAUCCAUAUGCUGAUUCAUUUGAAUCUGAAUACAAUGAAUUCAGCUGUAUUAACUUUAUUUAA